AUGGCGGUGCCCGAGGAGGAGGAGGCUGAAAUGAAUAGGAGGAUUGACAGUAGGAGAUGGUGGGCGAUGGAUUUUGGGCCACAUCCGCCGCAGGACAUUACAAGCACAUAUGUUGGCAUUGAAUCACAAAUUUUGGGCACCAUGCGAGAGGUAAAGGACAAUUGGGGCAACUUCGUAUCUGUACAAGUUUCUGCAUCCUAUGAGUUUUACAAAUACAAUGCCCUUAUUGAAGUCUUAAGUAUGAAUGUUAGAUAUACUGCUGCAGUGAACAAUGAAUUAAACACCUCCUCUAUAAAAACAUGCCCCAAACCAGUGUAG